UAGUAUAGCUGAUUGUAUACACAGAACACUGUGCAUGUCCUAACACUAGGGGGGGCGAUUGAGCUGAGUUCUCUCACGGUCCUGCAGAUGCCGGUAUCAGCCAAUCAGAUUUCAGCUUUUUAUUUUCAAACCCAUUCUGUAAAAAUGAAAGCUGUGAUAUGAUUGGUUGCUGUUUUAGCGCGCACUAAAGUGAAACAAUUCUGUAUUUUUUUUAACCCUUUUACAGAGCGGUAGUUUCCACAGUCACUAGUCAUUGCAGAUAUUUGUCAAUGCUGUUGCCUAUAGCAACCAAUCAGCACUCAUGCCCGAGGAGGAUGAAGCAGCUUCUACUAAUACUGUCCAUGCAUCUCCACCACCACCGCCGCCGCCACCACCACCACCGCUGCUGUGCCCGCCUCCUCCAUCUCAGGUGAAAAGCAAGUUCUUUAAGAAGGUGGCAGAGAGCAGUGACCCCUCUGUUGGAGGAUGUGAUGAAUUAAAAAGGCUGAUCAGGAACCAACAGGAACGAUUCGGUGCACAUUUAAAAUGGCUUCUUUAUAACCAGCAUAUCCCAUCUCUUAUACAAGAAGGUCCGCAGUGCGGUCUGGUCGCCUUGUGGAUGGCAGGGGGCAUACUGAGCAGUAAACAAGAGGUGACGCUUGAUCACAUUGUACAGGUGGCAACUACAAGAGGAUACACCAUCCAUGGAGAAAUGUUCUCAGCGGAUAACAUGUCCGGCCUCGCAGUGGAAGUUUUUGGAUGUGACUGUGAUCUUCUAAAAGGAGGAAUGGAAGGAGAAAACAGACAGAGAAUACUGGGGCACCUGACAGCCGGCCUUCCUGUUCUUAUCCCAUACGAUGAGGACUUCAAUCACGAGCCGUGCCAGCGAGAUGGACACCGGGCUCACUGGGCAGUUGUUUCAGGGGUUCUUCUUGGAAUCCGGGUUGGCUCUUUUGGUUCCGAUCCUGAAGUCUCCAGAUUACUGUACCCACCACCCAGUCCCUUAACCCUCAACACAGGGGACAUAGAACAACUCUACCUCAUCGCCAAGCAGGGCAAGAGCCUCCGAUACCAGCUGUGGGAAUACGGGGCAUUGAGUCGUAGCAAUAGUCAACUACUUCACCUGGACCCCAAGAGAAGCAGUGACGGCAAUGUCUAUGUGGUACCUGAAGGUGGCGUACAAGCUGGGCUGUGUGGCAAAACCUUGCUCCUGAAACAUCCAGUGCGUUCAAAAGAGGAAGAGACUGGAAGCCGAACAGUAACAAGUAGUUAUUUUUAAUAAUUAUCAAAUAAAUGAUUUUAAUGUAAGUUUUGCGCUGCUUUAUUUUAUUAUUUCAAUCUUACCUUGAUGAAAAAAUGAAUAAAAUUUGCCUG